AUGCUAAAGAGUUUUAGCAGCGCUCUUCGAAGACUACACAUAAAACUGGAUGGACAGCAGAUUGAUUAUUAUGACAGUGAGAUAAAGAAGCUGAUUCCCAAACAGGACUGGAUGAAGGAGUUUGCCUCUGGAGACAGAUGGAAAGAUUACACUGAGAUCAGAGAACGAGUGCAUGUUAACAUUAGUGUUAUAAUGCAGCGAUUCAAUCAGCCACGUGGUGUUCACACAUAUCAGAGGAUGUACGGAUGUGAGUGGGAUGAUGAGACUGGAGACUCACGUGGGUUUGAUGAGUACAGUUAUGAUGGAGAGCGUUUCAUCUCACUGGACCUGAAGGAGAUCAGAUACACUGAAUAUGUACCGCAAGCAGAACCCACAGUGAUGAAGUGGAACAAUGGCAAAGAACAGCUUGAUAUUCUGAAACAAUACUAUGAUUAUGAGUGUGUUUACUGGCUGAAAGAGCUUGUACAUUUCUCUAGAGCUACUUUUAAGAAAACAAGUAUAGUACCAGAAUUAACAGGACAGAGUUUGAAAGAGCCAAUUUUAAGAAAACAAGUAUAG